ACUUCGGCACAAACAAGAAGAUAAAUCCACAUCCAUUUGUGACUAAUAAAACCCGUUUCUUAUGACCUAAGUCUUUUUUAAAAGAAAGGAAAACCCGCAUGCCUCCGUGAAAACUCGUACAGGUUGCAGUAUUAAACGUUACAAUGUUUGAAUAUGUGCCGUGUCGCGUACGAGACGCUUUGGCGUAUGUUUUGUUUUGUUGUCGUCGCGCUACACUGAGAUGGAGCUAAUAAUAGCUCGCUUCAAGUCGUGCGUGCUAUUACUUUAGAAUCAAUUGAACAAUUGGACCUUCAUUUUCACAGUGCGUGCAUUUGUCGUUUGACUUCAGCUAUAAAUUGUCUUGCUGCAGGUAACAAGAUGAAUCAGGAAAAAUUGGCCAAACUUCAGGCCCAAGUGCGGAUAGGAGGAAAGGGUUCAGCACGCAGGAAGAAGAAGGUGGUACACAGAACUGCUACAGCAGAUGACAAAAAGCUUCAGAGUUCACUCAAGAAGUUGGCUGUCAACAAUAUUGCCGGGAUUGAAGAGGUCAACAUGAUCAAGGACGACGGGACGGUGAUCCACUUCAACAACCCCAAAGUGCAGGCCUCGCUGUCGGCCAACACGUUCGCCGUCACGGGACACGCCGAGAGCAAGCAGCUGACCGAGAUGUUACCGGGGAUCCUCAGCCAGCUGGGGGCCGACAGCUUGAGCAGCCUGCGGAAGUUGGCUGAGCAGUUCCCGCGCCAAGCACUUGACAGCAAAUCUCCAAAAGUAGAAGACAUUGAGGAAGAGGAUGAUGAUGUUCCAGAUUUGGUGGAGAACUUUGACGAAGCGUCCAAGAAUGAAGCCAACUGACGACUGCGCCAAAACCAGAAAAACUCUCCAACUUUUUCAUUUCUACUUAUCCAUAUCAGAAUGGGCGCACACACACACACACACACACACACAAACGAGAGACUUUUCUUCUUCCAGAUGACCAAGCAGGCUGACAUCAUUUGAGCUUCAUUUGUCGCCACAUUGUCAGUCAUUUUAAAUGUUCAAAGUUGUUUGUUUAUGAAACAGUAUAAAGAUGAUUAACAUUUUUUUAGAGGCCGUUGUCAUCAUCACUGCCAAUUGAGGUAUCAAAGAAUUCAAACCAGCAGAGCCACAUUAGGUACACCCAUACAAUCUAAUGAUAAUGAACAACAAAUAAACAAGCUGUUUCAGUA